UCGUUUUUUUUUCAAAGCAAAACAAAGUGUUCGGAAUUCGGAGUCGCAGACUUCAGCAGUCAUUUGUUGUUAUUUAGAGAUCUAGUCAAUACUUCUGGCCUUGGCGCUUUCUCAUUCCAUCGAAACCUAAAGAUGAUUGGAGAUCAAGAAUUGGGAUUUUUUGCCAAUAUGUUGGGCAUUUUCAUAUUUGUAAUGGUUAUUGCUUACCAUUAUGUGAUGGCUGAUGCAAAAUAUGAAGUCAACUAAAAUUUGCCAUGUUAUGCCUUUUUUUUGAAGAUACUGUAACCUAAAGGAUUUUUAAACCAUGUUAGAUUUGGAGUAUAAUUUUGAUUGAUCUUUAAGUGACUCCGUGGAAUUGGUUAGUACUUUGCUAUUCUAUUCUUUAACUAUAAUGGUGGAAGAUGUCUUUAUAUAAUGUAUUAUUAGUUGUGAAAAUAUCAA